GUGCUCCUCAGCACCACAGGAGGUGCAUGGGUUUUCAGGCGAGUCUUUGACUCAGGGUACCCAUGGGACAUGGUGAUUAUAACACGAUUUCAAACUGCAUUCAGAAAUUUUCUCCCAACUCCAAUUUUGACUUGGUUGAUGGAAAAGAAGAUGAACAGCUGGUUCAAUCAUGCAAAUUAUGGCUUAAUACCAGAAAACAAGAUUCAUCCAAGAGAGCCUGUGAUAAAUGAUGAGCUCCCAGGCCGUAUCAUCACUGGAAAAGUACUGAUCAAGCCAAGCAUAAAGGAAGUGAAGGAAAAUUCUGUCAUAUUUAACAACACCCCAAAAGAAGAACCCAUUGAUAUCAUUGUUUUUGCCACUGGAUACACCUUUCAUUUCCCCUUCCUGGAUGACUCGGUGGUAAAAGUUGAAGAUGGCCAGGCAUCAUUGUACAAGUAUAUCUUUCCCACACAUCUGAAAAAACCAACAAUGGCUGUUAUAGGCCUCAUCAAACCCUUGGGCUCCCUACUGUGCACAGGAGAAAUACAAGCUCGAUGGGUUGUUCAAGUCCUGAAAGGUGUUAGUAAGUUACCACCAACAAGUGUCAUGAUAGAAGAAGUCAAUGAAAGGAAAACAAAUAAGCACAGUGGGUAUGGCAUAGAAUUCUCCAAGCCUUUAGAGUUCGAUUAUAUCCCAUACGUAGAUGAACUCCUGACCGCCAUCAAUGCAAAACCAAAUCUGUUCUCUAUGCUGUGGACGGACCCACGUCUGGCUUUGACCAUCUUCUUUGGCCCAUGCACACCAUACCAGUUUCGCUUGGUUGGCACAGGAAAAUGGAAAGGAGCCAGAGAGGCCAUCAUGACACAGUGGGACCGCACAUUCAAGGCCACCAAAACCCGAACUGUACAAGAAUCCCCAUCUCGCUUUGAAAUUUUGCUUAAACUUUUUAGCUUUCUGGUUUUCCUUGUGGCUGUCUUCCUGAUUUUCUUAUAAGUAAAUGAUCCUCUAUGCCUUUGCAGAUGCACAGAGUAUUUGCAGUGUCCUGACUCGUCUAUUACAGCCACAUUGCCUUCAAGUCAUAAACCAUGUCCACAGCAUAAAUACCACCGCCCCAAGUUAAUCCCAGAGAAACCUCUUCUAUACCUGAGCCUCUCUCAGCUCCAUUAUGUCUAAUCCCCAAGGAUGAUAACUGUGCAUUUGAUGGCACUGGUACAUUAAAUGCACAUUUUUGGAAGACAGAAGUUCUACAGAGCACUCUCAGCAUUCACACGUCCUUCUCAUUAAAAAAGUAACACAGAAAUAAAUAAAUAAAAAUGAAAAUAAACGUCUUAAGUAGUCAUGGAAAUAAAAGUGUAUGAACUGAAAACUACUAAAUUAAAUUUAAAGAAGACAGAAAUGAAUGGAAAGACAUUCCACUGUCAUGAAUUGGAAGACGAUGUAAAAAGACCACACCCCACAAACAAUCUACAGAUUCAACACUGUCUUCAUUAAAGUUCCAAUGGUACUGCCUUAGGCAAUUAGGCUACAAUAAGAGAACACCAAAGGCUAGGUGGUGUACAUAGCAAACAUUUACUCACGUAAGAUCCACAGCCUGGAAUGUUAUGAUCAAAGAAAAUAUACACUUCAUGUCUGCUGAGGAGUCUCUACAUAAAGCCUUCUUCUCAUUAUGUCUGUGGUGCAAGAGUGAGAUCUAGUCCUGUACAACUAUAGACUACAUUUAGAAAUGCAACUUUCUCCUCUUAUAUGAAGCAUUGUCCACCUUCAUCAUCUCAUGUAGACCUAAUUAUCUUCCAAAAGCCCCACCCCACUGAGGGUUAUCAUUCCAUCCUAUGAAUUUCCGAAAAGGGGGACAAACCUACAGUCGAUAGCUAACAUUGUCUACAGAAACAGAAAAAACAAGCCUAGAACUUCUAGAAAAAAUAGAGAAAGUUUCUUGACAUUAGUCUGGCCAAUGAUUUUUGGCUGUGACACUGAUACUAUAGGUAACAACAGUAAAAAUAUGAAAGUAGGACCACUUCAAACUAAAAAGCCUGUAUACAGCAAAGGAAACAAUGCUGAAAAGAUAACCUGUGGGAAGGGAGAAAAUAUCUAAAAUCGCAUAUCUGAUAAGCAAUUACUAGCAAAAAUAACCUGUUUUAAACAUGAGCAAAAACUUGAAAAGAUUUUUGUCAAAACAA